AUGGACCUAGACAAACCUAUACUGGAGAGGAACAUUACCAAUGUCAAGAAUGUGGCAAGACCUUUAACUGCACUUCACAGCUUAUUCAACAUCACAAAAUUCAUACUGGAGAGAAACCUUACCAAUGUGAAAAACGUGGCAAGAGCUUUAUACAGAGCUCAGCCGUUAUUCGACACCACAGAAUUCAUACUGGAGAGAAGCCUUACCAAUGUCAAGAAUGUGGCCAGGCCUUUAAUUCAUACUGGAAAGAAAACUUACCAAUAUCAAGACUGUGGUAAGGCCUUUUACGAGAGCUCACAUCUUAACAAACAUCACAGGAUUCAUACUGGAGAGAAACCUUACCAAUGUCAAGAAUGUGGCAAGGCCUUUAACCACAACUCCAGCCUUACUCAACAUCACAGAAUUCAUACUGGAGAGAAACCCUACCAAUGUCAAGAAUAUGGCAAGGUCUUUUCCCGGAGCUCAAGUCUUAGUGAAUAUCACAGAAUUCCUACUGGAGAGAAACCUUACCAAUGUCAAGAAUGUGGCAAGGCCUUUAACAACAGCUCAACCCUUAUUCAGCAUUACAGUAUUCAUACUGGAGAGAAACCUUUCCAGUGUCAAGAAUGUGGCAAAAGGUUUAACGUGAGCUCAGUGCUUACUCGACAUCACAGAAUUCAUAUGGGAGAUAAACCUUACCUAUGUACAGAAUGUGGGAAGGCCUUUAAUCAGAGGUCAAGUCUUACUGAACAUCAAAGAAUUCAUACUGGAGAGAAACCUUAUCAAUGUCAAAAAUGUGGCAAGGCCUUUAACCAUAGCUCAACCCUUAUUCAACAUCGCAGAAUUCAUACUGGAGAGAAACCUUACCAAUGUACAGAAUGUGGGAAGGCCUUUAAGUGGUCUUCACUCUUUAAUCAACAUCGCAGAAUUCAUACUGGAGCGAAACCUUACCAAAGUCAAGAAUGUGGCCCUCAGAACUUCCUUGACAUUACAGAAUUCAUGCUGGAGAGAAACUGUACAAAUACUAAAAAUGUGGCAAGGCCUUUACAGGCACUCAAUCCUCACUGAACAUCAGAAAAUUCAUACUAGAUAGGUAGCUUACCAUUGUACAGAAUAUGAGAAAGGGGGCACCUGGGUAGUUUAGUUGGAUAGGUGGCUGCCUUAUACCCUGUUCCUAAUCCCAGGUUCCCAGGUUCGAGCACUGCAGAAAGCCUGCUUCUCCCUUUCCCUCUGCCUGCCCCUCUUCCCUCCUUGUGCUCUCUCUCCAUCUCUGUCAAAUAAAUAAAUACAAUCUUUAAAAAAGAAAAAAAAAUGUGAGAAAAAUCAGUUAAGGAGUGCUUACCCAUUCAUGCACAUCAGAGAAUUCAUUUUGGACAAUAACCUUGCAAAUAUAACAAAUGUGACAAGGCUUUUGUCCAGCAUUCAUGCAUUUACUAAAUAGAGAAUUCAUACUGGAAUGACAGCCAAUGAAUAAUGUGGUAAACCCUCUAGCUGCAAACGACUGUUACUGGGCAUCACAGAAUUCAUACUGGAGAGAAAACUAUGGAUGUAUGUGAGAAAAUGCCUAAGGACUGUUCCCUCCUCACUCCAUAUCAGAGAUUAUAUAUAGGAGAGUUCGUGUACAAAUACUAAGAAUGUGUCUGUGAGGCACCUGGGUGGCUCAGAUGGUUGAGCGGCUGCCUUUGGCUCAGGUCA